UCCACACCUCACACACUCCCUCCAACCCUCACACCAACACAGGCUAUCAGCAGCGUCUGACGGCUGCGUCCUCUGCUGUGGCUCUUUCCAUCCCUCUCUGCCUCAUCUGCAUCUGACAUCCCGGCCACACAGGAACCUUCUUUUGUGUCUCCCCGGGGGGCCACUGGUCGUUUUUUUUUUACCCCCCUCCAGUCUUGUCUGGAAGCAAAAACGCAGCACCAUGGACAUGAUGGGCAACAAAGAGCGGCGAGGCAUGAAUUUCAAAGGCUUGCUGAAGAGGAACUGGCUUCUGCUUGCCACGGUUUUGUCAGUGGUGCUCGGGAUCAGUUUAGGAGUCAUGGUCAGAGAGUACGCCUCCCUCUCAAACCUCCACAAGCAGUACUUUGGCUUCCCAGGAGAGCUCCUAAUGCGUAUGCUGAAGCUGGUCAUCCUCCCGCUCAUCAUUUCCAGCAUGAUCACAGGUGUUGCAGCCCUGGACUCUGAGGUAUCAGGGAAGAUUGGCCUGCGAGCCGUGAUCUACUAUUUCUCAACAACCAUCAUUGCAGUUAUCCUUGGAAUCAUUCUGGUGAUGACCAUCAAACCGGGAGUGUCUCAGACAGCUGACCACCUUGACAGAGCGGGGACCACGCCCAACGUCACCACAGUGGACACACUCUUGGACCUUAUCAGAAACAUGUUCCCGGAAAAUCUGGUGCAGGCUUGUUUUCAGCAGUACAAGACUAAGCGCAAAGAGCUGGACCCUCCAAAAGUUUCGGUCAACACGACCACAAUUCCACCUCUCACGACUACGAUCAUGGCAGUAGUAGAGAACAUCACCAAAGAAUAUAAAAUCGUUGGGACGUACACAGAUGGAAUCAACGUGCUGGGACUCAUCGUUUUCUGCGUCGCCUUUGGACUCGUUAUCGGAAAGAUGGGCGAAAAGGGACGCAUCCUUCUGGAAUUUUUCGACGCCCUGAAUGACGCGACCAUGAAGUUGGUCCACAUAAUUAUGUGCUACAUGCCAAUAGGGAUCCUGUUCCUAAUUGCUGCAAAGAUCAUCCAGGUGGAAGACUGGGAGAUCUUCAGGAAGAUGGGUCUGUACAUGGUGACGGUGCUGAGUGGUCUCGCCAUCCACGCCACCGUCUGUCUGCCGCUCAUCUACUUCAUCAUCGUGAGGAAGAACCCUUUGACGUUCACACUGGGAAUGGCUCAGGCCCUGGUGACGGCGCUCAUGAUCGCCUCAAGCUCUGCCACGCUACCCGUCACCUUCCGAUGUGCCGAGGAGAACAAUCGCAUUGACAAGCGGAUCACCCGCUUCGUCCUCCCGGUGGGCGCCACCAUCAACAUGGACGGCACGGCGCUCUACGAGGCGGUGGCCGCCAUCUUCAUCGCGCAGCUCAACGACUACGCUCUGGAUGUGGGACAGAUUGUCACCAUCAGUAUAACAGCAACUGUUGCCAGUAUUGGGGCAGCAGGAGUGCCUAACGCUGGCCUUGUCACCAUGGUGAUCGUCUUAACCGCCGUGGGGUUACCUGCAAGCGAUGUGACUCUGAUAGUGGCUGUGGACUGGCUCUUGGAUCGAUUCCGGACGAUGAUCAACGUGCUGGGUGACGCCUACGGAGCCGGCAUCGUUCAGAAACUAUCCAAGCGGGAGCUGGAGAGGAUGGAUCUGACGUCAGAGGUCGACGUCACCAACCCCUUCGCCCUGGAAACCACCGCAGACGACGAAGAGUGCGAGAAGAAAUCCUACGUGAACGGGGGCUUCACCGUCGACAAGACGGAUGCCAUCUCCUUCACCGAAACCUCGCAGUUCUAGCGCGCGGCCGGGAACAGAGGUGCAGAGAAAGUGUCACGCUGCUAGGGGUGCAAAGCGAAGAGCUUUCCAUCAUGUAUCAGCACCACGACGUGAGAGGAAAGCGCUCCAGUCAGACCCAUCCAAGCUCAGACAUCAACUAUAGCAGCCGCCACGUAGGAGACGAUCACCCUUCACGUUGGGCAUUUACCACCAUGACUAGAUUUAAGUGCUUCCCUCUUAUUGAAAUUGUGCCAAGAUUAAGAAAAGUCAGUCUUCAGAGCAGGUGUCCUCUUUCUUGCAAAGACGCACUUAAAAGUAGGUCGGUGUGUGUGUUUGUGUGCGUGAGGAUUUGCUUUUUGAAUGUAUAGUCGGUCCUACAUAAAUAACUCGCUCUCUUAUGUGACAAUAGAGUGAUAGUUUAAGCUUUAUGAAGCAUGGUUGUAUGAGGUACUAACACGUGGACCGAGCGCUGAGGUCAAGAUACUCAUCCACCAGCGGGGAAACAAGGAAAAAUUGAUUUAAACUGACUAACCUAAUACACUAAAAACACUUAAAUAGUGUUAUGGUGUCUUAAGAAUAUGUUUGUUAAUACUUUUUUUUUAAAAAAAGUUUUCGUUGCCUUAACCAUUAGAACACAGUACACAGAGGCUAUAAGAAUGUGCAAUAUAGAGUGUCCUGUAUUCAUUUUUUGCAGCACAACCAAGACAAUCUGAUGAAAAAAAUGUCAUUUUCACCAGCUACAGAAAGACACCUGAGCAAAAAGUACUCGAAAUGUUUAAAUCGGAAAAGUAUCUAAUUUGUGACUUAGAUACAAAUUAAGUCACAAUUUGUAUCUAAUAAUUGUAAUAAUUAUUGUAAUAAUUGUUACAAUAAUUUGUAACAAUUAUUACCACUUUAUAUCCCUUCUAAAAAUGCGAUAUAAAACGAAUCGUAACUUUGACUCGACAACACAUAAGGAAAUGAAAAAUGCAUCUUUUUAAAGCCUGAAUAUGUGACCUAUAUACACACACCCCCAGGAUGUCCAUAUAAGGA